ACAAUUCAGUUCUUUUGUGUCUCUUUUGGAGGUUUUCAUUUGGUUUCAGGCACUCAAAUGGAUGAAAUUGCAGCUGGUUCGAGCAGUGGCGGUGUUAGGAUCUUGGGGGUAGUUCGUGGAGAAACAGGGGGCUUUUGGACAGAUUGUGGGUGGAAUUCUAUUAGAGAAGGUGUUUUUGCAGGAAUGCCUUUUCUGUCAUUCCCAAUAGGAAUGGACCAAAUUACAAAUAGUAAGUCAAUCGAGGAAGAUUUUAAAAUUGGUUGGAGAGUUAGAAAGGAGACGAGGAGGGUGGAAAUUUUGGUGAAAAGAGAUGCAAUAAUGGAGCUUUUGCGGAAGUUUGUGGAUAUGGAAAGCAUCGAAGUCAAAGAAAUGAGGAAAAGGGCGAAAAAUCUCCAGGAAUUAUAUGAAAAUGCAAUUGCAGAAGCACCAAAUCCUUCAUUCGGUACAUUGCUCAAUAUUCUCAGUGGGCAUAGAGCUGCCUCCAAAAAUAUUCAUGAUUCAUCUGUAUGAAACUUGUGAAUUUGACCAUGUGGUAAAACACAAAAUCUCUUGGAUUGGAGCAAUUUCAUCGUUUUUUGUGUCUUACGAUGGUUAGG